AUGAAGAGGAGAGCGUCGUUGCUCGGCCGGCCAAGUGCGUUCCAGGCAGGCGUCACGAUCUUCGAGCCAAAUGAGAUCGCACCUGAAACGCUAGUGCGUCAGUCGAAAAGGCUGAAAGUCUCAACUCCAGCCAACCCAUCAACCUCAAAUUGUUCCCAACAACGACAUGGCGCACCCUCGAGCUCGACGGCACCAAGAUCUUCCGAGGAUACCGUGUCGGGAGAAGUUACCACAAGCAGAGCUUCGAAGACAGCCAAGGUCACUCAACUCGUGAAAACUGAAGUCGACUCGGAAGAGGCAGCCGGCUCGUCCACCUCAGCACCUGCGACAGGACGUCCUAAACCGAAACGGGUCGCGUCUCCCCGCAAACCGAGGCCGAUUCCAACGGCGCUGGAGACCCCCCACCCGGCACCUCCAAGCUGGCGCGAGGCAUAUGACACGAUAAAGCGCAUGCGCCAGCGUAUCGUCGCGCCGGUCGACACCAUGGGAUGCGACCAGGCACAGUUGAAGGAAACCGACCCGAAGAAUCAACGCUUUUCGACUCUGGUCUCGCUGAUGCUGUCGUCACAGACCAAAGAUGAAGUGACCGAUGCGGCAGUGGCGAAACUCCGCGAGGCUGUGGGCGGGACCCUGUCCAUCGACGCGGUUCUGAGAGCCAGCGAGAGCGCUAUUUCCGAAGCCAUAUGCAAAGUGGGCUUCUGGCGGCGCAAGACACAGUACAUCAGACAAGCUGCACAGAAACUCAAGGACGAGUUCGGCGGCGAUGUUCCCAAGACUGUAGAUGAGCUUUGUUCUCUGCCUGGCGUUGGGCCCAAGAUGGCCUUCCUAGCGUUGCAAGUCGCGUGGAAGGUAAAUGCUGGAAUCGGCGUGGAUGUGCACGUCCACCGGAUAACGAACAGGCUUGGAUGGCACAAGUCCCCAACGAAGACUCCGGAGGAGACCCGCCUAAACCUGCAGUCAUGGUUGCCAGUGGAGCUGCACCCAGAUAUCAACCAUCUACUCGUAGGAUUCGGUCAGACCAUAUGCGCACCCGUUGGACCCAAGUGCGACCAAUGCGAGCUUAGCGAUGGGCUCUGCCCGAGCGCUAGGAAGGUCGUCAAAGCGUCCAGUAGCAAGACGAGAAGCAAGAAGAUUGCCUCCGCCGUCUCAGUAGAAGCUGAUCGAGGUGCCGGUCCGCAGAUCGAAGUUAAGUUUGAGGAAGAGUCGGAAGAGCACAAGGUCGACAUCCAGACCCUCGCCGCGGCACCUGAGCGCACCUCACCUACGCCGGACGUUCCCCUGAAGUAUGAGGACACAUCAUGA